GAAAAGUAUAAGUGAAUGAAGGAAGGUAAAAUGGACAAAACGCUACCGACACUACGAAUAGCUAAUUUUGUUAUUACACCACGACCCUGGGCCCGCUCCAUGGCAUUGUAAAUUGCGUGGGCCGGUCUCCUUGCUUACCAGCGCUAUCAUAGCGCAGAAUCCCCGCUUUGCCGGACCACUUCUCCAUCCCGUUCAUCCCGUCCCAUCCAGAGCGCUGCGCCCUACUGACUCCUGGAGCAAAAUCGAUUUCAUGGCCUUUCUCAAAUUUUACUGUUUAAAUGUUUUCUCUUAAAACUCGAACUAUUGUGAAAUAAUUAAGCUUAGCUCCUAUAACUUUUUAGUGUUUAGAUUGAGUGACUUCUGAAUUUGAGCUUCGGAUAUUAUAGAAGUUGACGGAUUGUAUUAUUUUUUUAGUGAAGAACUUCACACCCAAGGGUGGGGGCGUUUUGGGUGUAGACUUACCUCUAUAUAAACUAUUAUUCCAGUUACAACAUGUUCGCUUACAAAAGGAGAGUGUAAAUUUUCUUCAAUAAAACACCCUUGGGGUGUUUUAUUUAAAUUCACAAUGCUAGUGCCAACAGUGAAUCAUUUACUCACAAAACUGUUGUUUAUUGUGAUCAGCUGUCUAGCUCACGCAAAAUCCGAAGCAGAACCGGAAUUCUCAGCAAACGCCACCUCGCCCAUCCAUCCAGGAGCAGCACGUCAAAUGUAUGGUUCUAGUUCUUUGCGACAACCAGCGAAAAAACCGAUCUUGGCCACCGGCCAAAGGCAGUAUGGUGUCCGGACCACCUUGAAACCGGAACUGAUGCAACCCCAAUAUCCCUACACUUAUCCAUACGAGUACUUUCCCUUACCGAUUCCCGCUUUGGCCAUUCCUUCUAUUAUUCAAAGGUACGAUGGACCGAUCCAGAAUAGAGGCGGAGGAGUGCUAGUGAAUGGUAUGUAUGGGGGCAGAGUUGAAUAUCCCACUCUUGGAGUUAACCCUGGAAAUAUGCCUUGGGGUAUGGUUUCUGGAAGGGGCUAUGGUGACUCGUUUGAACCUGAGGAAGAAGAUCAUCAUGAGCCGUGUGCAGCGGAGUGCAAAACUGGCAUGUUUUUAUGUCCAAGCGAUUGUAGUUGCAUUAAGGAUGAAUACAAAUGCGAUGGACGUUCUCACUGUCACGACAAUGAAGAUGAGGAACACUGCACUGGUCACGAAACUAUUGCACAUGACCAUACGUUUAUUAAAUGUGACGAAACUAAAAAUUUUAUUCUUUGUCCAAAAACCAAAAGGUGUGUGUCGAAGGAUUGGUUAUGCGAUGGCGAUGACGAUUGUGGCGAUUAUUCAGACGAGACACGUUGCGGAUUUUUGCAAAAUUGCACUACUGAUCAAUUCCAAUGCGAGAACGGAUUAUGCGUUCCAAAAACGUGGAUAUGCGACAAUGAUAAUGACUGCAGAGACUUUUCGGAUGAAACUAAUUGCACCAAAAUCGGUUGCACUCCUGAUGAAUUCGAAUGUUCUGAUGGCACUUGUGUCGCCAUGAACUGGAAAUGUGACCAUCAUUUGGAUUGUCUCGAUGGCUCAGACGAAAGGGAGUGUGAUAUCAUACCUGCUCACUGCAACGAAAAAGAAUUUCAAUGCAACAAUCACAAAUGCAUAAAAAUCGAAUUUAAAUGUGACGGUGACGACGAUUGCGACGAUUGGAGUGACGAAGAUGACUGUCCUCGGAAUAUUGGUGAUUGCGUUCCAGGGGAAUUUAAGUGCAAAAAUGGCGAAUGCAUUCCUAAAAGAUGGGUCUGUGAUAAUCAAAAAGACUGUCCGACUGAAGAGGAUGAGCUUAAGUGUGACUAUGCUGUGAACAAAACGUGCAAUCCUGAUGAGUACACUUGUCCUGGAGGACAAUGUAUAUUGAAAACCUGGGUAUGUGACGGAUUAGACGACUGUCCCAAAGGUGAAGACGAAGCCAAAUGCGACAUCGUCUGUGAUGAAGCCAAAUUUCCCUGCACAGGUUCUGCACAAAACGAUUCGGCAACUGCUUUUUGUAUUGGACGCAAGCACCGAUGUGACGGACAAAAGGACUGUCCAAAAGGAGACGACGAAUUGGACUGUCCAAUAAAAAGAGACUGUGAACCGAAUACAAAGUGCGAACAACGUUGUGUCACGUAUUCUGGUGGCAGGAAGGGUUGUGGUUGUUAUAAUGGGUAUAAACUAGACAAAGACGGUAUCACAUGCAACGACAUCGAUGAAUGCCUGUAUGCAACAGAUCCAGUUUGCUCACAAAAAUGCAAUAAUACUGUUGGUAGUUACAAAUGUGGCUGUAUGACCGGCUAUAUCCUCAGACCAGAUCUCAGAACUUGUAAAGCAGUGGGUGCUCCACCUACUUUACUUUUUGCUAACAGAAUUGACAUUAGACAAAUGUCUCUAAGUAACUCAAAAUAUACUCUCUUACUAAAAGGUCUGCACAACGUGAUAUCUUUGGAUUACCAUUACAAUAAACAGCUCAUAUUUUGGUCCGACGUAUCCACUGAUAAAAUUAAAAGGGCUUCAGUUAAUGGUAGCAGCAUAACGACAAUAAUAAAUUCUGGCUUAGAAUCACCUGGCGGUAUUGCAGUUGAUUGGAUUCACAAUCUCCUAUUCUGGACUGACUCUGGAACCAAAAGAGUGGAAGUAGCCAAUCUUGAUGGCACUCACCGUGCUAUCAUUGCAGCGAAUGAACUAGAUAAGCCGAGAGCUAUUGUUGUUCAUCCUGGGGAAGCCUUAGUGUUUUGGACUGAUUGGGGCCCUAAUCCCAAAAUCGAAAGAGCAGAAAUGGAUGGUUCGAACCGCAAAAGUAUUAUUACUGAAUCUGUUUUUUGGCCUAAUGGAAUAACCAUUGAUUAUACUGUUAAUCAACUAUAUUGGGCUGACGCAAAACAUAACGUCAUUGAGAGCUCACUGUUAGAUGGCUCCAAAAGAAAGAAAGUCAUCACCAAAGGUCUUCCACAUCCAUUUGCUAUUACCAUAUUCGAAGAUGCUCUUUUUUGGACAGACUGGCAUACGAAAUCCAUAGCUACAGCCAAUAAAGUAACUGGAGCUGGUUAUAAGCCUCUACAUUCUCAGCUUCAUUUCCCAAUGGAUAUCCACACUUACCAUCCACAAAGACAACCGUCUUACAAGAAUCGUUGCGGAAAUGCACGCGCUGCAUGUCAGCACUUGUGCUUACCUAAUAGGAGGUCGUUUAGCUGCAUGUGUCGUAUGGGUCAGAGAUUGAAAUCCGAUAAGAAAACCUGUCAUAAGCCGGAGAAAUUUAUAAUUUUUGCCAAGAAGAAGGACAUACGAAUAAAACAUUUGGAUGGAUCUACCGAAAAACAAUACGAAAUGGUAAUUCCUGUGGAUGGAGUGAAAAAUGCAGUUGCAGUAGCUUGGGAUUCUAAAAGCAGUUUCAUCUAUUGGACAGACAUAGGAAUGAAAUCGAUCAAUAGGGCUUACUGGAACGGUAGCGAUCACGAGACUGUCGUCAAAACCAAUAUGGUUGCUCCACACGGUCUUGCUUAUGAUUGGUUGACAGACAAACUCUAUUGGACAGACAUGGAAAAAUCUAGAAUAGAAGUAUCCAAUUCAGACGGAUCAGUUAGAUCUUUACUUAUAUGGGAAAAUUUAGAUAAGCCUGGCGAUAUAACAAUUGACCCACAAAGUGGAAUAAUGUUCUGGACUGACGUGGGUGUUAAAAAAAGGAUAGAGAAAGCCAACAUGGAUGGUUCUAAUAGAGCAAUCUUAGUUUCUACUAAUAUUUCCUCUCCAAGUGGUCUCACCAUUGAUCAUUCAACUGGAAAACUUUACUGGACUGAUGGUGUUCAAAAGAGCAUCAAUUUGAUUAAUGUAGAUGGAACUGGGAGAAAAACACUUUUAUCUGGCAUAAGUCUCCCUUAUCCUUACGGCAUAGACGUGUUCGAAAACGAUAUCUACUGGUCCGAUUGGAUGAAAAAAUGCAUAGAAAAAGCCAAUAAAUUAACAGGAGAAAAUAGAACGACUGUAGUUAGGAACAUUCCUGACGCAAUGGGUAUCAAAGUGUUUCAUAGGAGCAGGAAAAUUACUAGAACGCCUUGUAGCAACAACAAUGGCGGCUGCUCGCACUUGUGUUUGCUGAAACCUAAAGGACAUUCUUGCGCUUGUCCAACUGGAAUCAAGCUUAUGGAUGAUCGAAAAACUUGCACGGAUGGUCCAUUGAACUAUCUCAUUCUUGCUCACCGCAUGGAUAUACGACAAAUCUCUCUGGAUGUGCCAUAUAUGGCUGAUGUGGUACUACCUUUUAAGCAUCUUAAAAUGGCAACAUCUGUAGACGUGGAUCGUAAAACAGGGGAGAUUUACUGGACUGAUACUUCAGAGGCCUGCAUUCAAAAAGCGACUGUGAAUGGAACUAAUAGGCAAACUAUUAUUACGCAUGAAAUUGACGCACCAGAUGGGAUUGCUAUCGAUUCGACGGGAAGAAAGAUUUAUUGGACUGAUGGUGAAAGAAAUAGCAUCGAAGUGUCUGAGCUAGAUGGUUCGAAUCGCAAAGUACUGUUUAACCACGACAUCUAUAAUCCACGAGCAAUAACCUUACACUAUCACCACGGUUUAAUGUUUUGGUCGGAUUGGGGUUCCGAGAACCCAAAAAUCGAAGUAGCGAAUAUGGACGGUACAGAACGACGAACAUUAAUCAGUGCAAAUAUCACAUGGCCCAAUGGACUGGCAAUUGAUAGACCCGCUGGACGUUUAUAUUGGAACGAUGGUAAACGGAAUACCAUAGAGUCGUGUGAUUUGGAUGGCAAAAAUCGCAGAUUGAUUUUAAGCAAAGUUCCACAUCCCUACGGUUUGGUGGUUGUCGGGAAUCAUAUUUAUUGGACCGAUUGGAAGACGGAAGCUCUACAUCGAGCUGACAAGGAGACUGGUGAAGAUCGUGUUAUAAUAAGAGGAGACUUAGAAGGACUUAUGGAUGUUAGAUCGGUGCAAUAUGACAACAUUGCCGAAAAUGCUUGUGGAAAUAAUAAUGGCGGUUGCAGUCACUUGUGCCUAAGAAAUCCUAAGGGGCAUACAUGUGCUUGUCCAACAGGCUUGAGAAAAUCCUCAGACAAUCCUAAACAUUGCCAACCAAUAAGCGAAACAUUCCUAUUAACCGCAGCCAGAUAUUCUCUGAGCCAAAUCAGUUUGGAUACCAUGGACGCUUGGGAUGUUACUUUACCAAUAAAAGAUGAUGUGCAAAACGUCAUAGCUGUGGAUUAUCAUUAUCGAAAAAAGUUGAUAUUUUACGCCGAUAUCGGUAGAAAUGUCAUCAUGAGUGUGAGUAUGAAUAAUUUAUCGGAUGUCAAAACGAUUGUGAAUAAAAAUUUAACUUCGCCUGAUGGUAUCGCUGUUGAUUGGUUAGCUGAGAAUAUUUAUUGGACGAAUACUGGAAAUAAAGUGAUUGAAGUAGCUAGAUUGGAUGGAUCCCAUAGAAAAACAGUAGUCAGCAAUCUAUUUGAUCCAAGAUCCCUGGCAUGCAAUCCAAUCAGUGGCUAUAUUUAUUGGACUGAAUGGGAUCAACACAGUCCAAGAAUCGAACGCAGUCACUUGGAUGGCAGUAACAAGAAAAUAAUAGUGAACCAAGAUUUGUCAUUUCCUAUCGGCUUAGUUAUUGACUAUUCCAACAAAAGGCUGUAUUGGAUCGACGCGAAACUGAAUGAAGAACGCAUUGAAACUUCAGAUUAUCACGGACAAAAUCGAGUCACUUUACCCAUUGAUAAGACGCAUCCAUUUUCAUUGACUCAGUAUAAAGAAUGGAUUUUCUGGACCGAUUGGGACCAGAAAUGUAUCAUGCGCUCUGAAAAAAUAACGGGAAACGGUAAAAUGAUGAUAAGACCAUUGCACGCAGCAAUGGGUAUCACUAUGGUAGCGGCUGAAAGACAAAUGUCUUGGAAUCCAUGUAUGAUGAACAAUGGAAACUGCACACAUCUAUGCUUUUUCAGGAAGAAAGGAUAUACUUGCGGGUGUCCUGAUGAACAUACACCUGGUUGCAAAACUGCACCAGAUAUUCGAGUAUCAAACGUGUGUCCUGAAGGCAAAGGAUUCGAUUGCCCAGAAUCAGAGGAAAAAGAUUACGUAGAUGAAGAUUAUUUAGAAGCAAUAAAUAAAGCUGAAUACACCCCACCUCCGGACACUCCUGUGUUUGAUAAAACUUCAGCAUUUUACGUUAUAACCUUGGUACCCAUGAUCGGAAUAGUUAUAGCCAGCGUGGCAGUAGUAGCGUACAUUUUAAUAAAGAAAGGGAAAAAGACCUACAUGUACGGUGCCAGCAGAAGCUUUUCGAAUCCCAACUAUUACUCCAACGAUCCAAACGGACCACAACAUGCGGCUGACAGAAGGCAAUUUAUAUGGAAACGAUUGAAAUAUGACAAGUCACAGGAACGUGUAUACGAGGAAACUGUGGUAGCAAGUCCUGAGGUAACCAGCCUCAUACCCACAAUUUUGACACCGUGCAGUUCGAAUUGUGAAGCAGUAACACCGGAAAUGGAACGAUCGCCAUCGGUCACGCCGCUUCACAAAGUGGACAUUGAAUAAAACUAUAAAAUUUGUGAUCAAACAUUUUCUGUUGUUUUAUCGGUGAGUGGAGCCAUUGCAAAACGAAACAUAAAUAAAUUGAAACAAAAUAGUCACCUCACAGUCAAGAUAAUUUGCAGGUUAUUGAUUGAUUCAUGGUUUGUAUAUAAUAAAGUAUUGUCAAAUUAAGGUGACUGACAAUAACAAACUAAUGUUUAUUAAAUACCUAGUUGAAUUUAAUGGGGAGAGGAGGAAAGUUGGAUACACAGGGCAUUGAAAUAAAUCCAAUUCAUGUUCUGUAUCUAUGUUCAAUCAAGUUGUUUUAGAUAAGUGAGGUAUACCUAUCUAUGCAUAUUUUUUUCAAAUCGAAUGAGGCAAAAUAAAAUGGCAAGUACUGAAAUGGUUAGUUUUCAAUGCCCCUGUACUGCAUACUAAAAUGACAUUUCUAAAUUCUUGAAGAAGCCAUUAAUUAGGUACCUACUCAAAAUGAGAUAAUAAGUCAUGUUUUUUUUUUCUGAUUUAUUAAAAAUUAAUUGGAAAAAGAAAGUUUUUUUCUGUUAAGUGAAUUUGCAAUAUAAUGAAAUAAUUAGGUUAUGUUUAUAGCUUUGUUCCAACACAGUGGGAAACCGUUCGAUCGUCACGAUUCUGCGCAAAGCCUAAAACUUGUGCGUAAAAUCAGAAAUGCGUUUACAGAGUGAUUUCCAAACUGUUCAUGGGACGGUUCUUGACGUGCUGGAACAGACCUCAUAUGUUUGUUCAAAUUAUAAAACAAUACGCCUUAUUUUUGGAUAAAUGUGCUAAAGUCGAAUCAAUAAAAUAAAAUAUUCCUGUUAAAAUUGUAAUAAAUGAAAAUUAUCACUAUGUAAUAACUAUUUACGUUAAUUUUGACUAUGUUGUAGAUAUAGAACAUAUCUUGUUACAAAAAAUACAUUUUAAAAAUCUAAUUAUUGAUGUUUUGUACAAUCUCGCAGACAAAACGCGGAAUUAGGCAUUUCCCAAAAUUCUCAGGUAUUCUAUAAGAAGCCGGCAAGGUGUUAGCGUACAAAACAAAUUUCAUUACCAUCAUUCACUAAUUCAGGCAAAGCAAAGUGUUAAAAUUCUGGCAAAACGCGAGCAGAAAAAUCUAUACUCUGGUAUUACAAUUAGACAUGUAUGGUAUUUUUAAUACCCAUUUAGAAUAACCCCAUCCCUAUUUAUCAAUCACUAAUCAGAUGCAACAAAAAAUUACCAACAAAAACGAACCUCGAUUGCUAACAGGUCAAUUUCAUGUAUAAAUGGGAAAUUCCUAACCUAAUUUUAUUUGUGUGUUUAAGAAGCGACAUACGUUAAUUCACUAGAACUACUGGUACUUCCAAAUAAGUAUUAAAAAUACAAUAGGUACUAAAGCAUUUCAAUAACAUAUACCUUGAAUCCACUCAACUAAAUACUAAGAUCGAGAAUAGGGUAGUAGGUAGCUAGUUUCAAUACCCACUCAUCCGAUCUUAGAAGUCAUACAGUGAAACAAAAAUCAGUAAAUACCAAAACAUUUUAGAAACAAAAUGCUACCGGUAAAAAACUUGAAUAAAAUGAAGUUUUAUCAACAUAAACCAAAAAUCAUCAAUGUAGGCAUACCUACAGGCAAUCCGAGAGAGAUCGCACUAAGAGAGCUCUGAAACAAAUGAAAAUAGAUAAGCCUUCCAUAUACAUAAAUGUUGAAAAUGCAAGGAGCCAUAGUAUAAAAUGUCCCUAGUUCAGUGUAGUAUCAUCAGUAGAACAAGCAGGAUUAAUUUGAGAAAGGAUUCGAUAAAAUCUAUCUAGUAGGCAGUACACCUACAACCAACCCAACCAACCAAGCAGACUACUAUUGAAGGUUUCUAUCCCGGCACCGUUUUAAGCAACAUAGAUUUUAUUGAUUUGUUUCUAUUGUCGCAGAGUACUUGAACGUUGAACCUUGAACCUUCACAUACUUUAAAGAAAAAAAAAAAAAAGAGGAAGAAAAGUAAAUAAAAAUUGACAAAAAAGAGUUUGAAAUGUUGUUUAUAGCUGAGGGACAAAAAUAAGUAGUUCAUGGUUAGAUGUGAUCGAAAGAAAAGCUUAUCCAGCACCAGAAUAUCAAAAUAUUGCCCCAUGGACGAUAACCACUUCAUGAUUGACAUAGGAGUUAUCGAUUGCUGUCUUCAUAAUAAUUGACAAAUCAUCUUCGGCUGUGAUCAUACGUCUUAUUCCCCUAAAAGCAAGUAUUUUUGUGAGUUGCGAUAUGAGCCGUUCUUUAACUUCUAUACCAAUUCACUCGAAUUCCUUUUGGAGUGACUAAUGACUCAAGCCAGAAAGAGUGGAUAUAGACAUCAACUCCAGCAAUGCCGCUCAUCAACGCUACUUCUUUUUUUAUUAACUUAUAAGUUUAUACAUUACAACACUUCCGAUUCACAUUCCUAUUAAAACUACCCUUCACCUAUAUCUAUAAAUUCUUAAAACUCCUGACAGCUUAUGCAAAAUAAUUAUUUAAAUCAUAAUCCGACUCACUGGAUUAAGUAUAUAUGUAUUACCAACUAUAUUUUUAUAAAAACCUUACAAUAAUUACUGAAUGAAAAACCCUAAUUCAAAACUUCAGCACUUAAGGUCAUCAAAGUUACUUUAUGAAUAACAAUUUUCAAACAAAACUUUCCAAUACCUACAUUUAGUGGUUCCAUCCUUAACUAAGAAUCAUUUUGAACAGAACAAUUACUAUUUUCGGAUUCCUAGCCAACAAACUCAAUUAUUUAAAUUCUUAUUAGUUAGUUACUAGCCCUCAAACUCCAAUUGGACAAUUCAAUUCAAAAUUCUUUAAUAAUUCAUACUCAAAAUCGAUAAUUGUUAAGAGCAUUAUAAUUUUCCCUUUCAAAUCCUUUGCAAAAUUAAUUAAAAUGUCAUUUUAAAGUUAUGAAAUAAAGUUUUACAGUCAAAUCACUCAAGUUUUUAUGCAUUAAAGUUCCAAAGUUAAUUCACUUCAUAGUCAUUCAUCAUUUAUAAAGUCAAAAAGUUUUACUAGUUACUAGUAGUACUUUCCACUCGUAAAAUUACUUAAUUAAUUUACUUUAAAAACCUCUAGAGAUAGAUAGAUAUAUUAAUAUUGGGGUGUUGUUGCACUGCGACCUAAAGAUCUAUUGUGCUCCCUGCUGAGGCCGAUUUGAUGUGGAUCUCAAAUCAUAGUACUUCGUCCAGUCCUAUGGCCUUGAUGAGGGCUAGUAACUGGUACGAUGUCAAGGAUGGUAUGUUUCCUUCUAAAACUACAUAGUCACCGAGAUGUGUAGCCCGGCUUCUAGCGAUGGCUUCGCAUACGGUUAGCAGGUAUUCUCGAGUUUCUUCCUCCGCCCCGCAAAACCUGCAUUCACUAGAUCUCUCGAGUAGCAUUUUCCUGCAGUGUUCUCGAAGGUGGCAGUGCCCUGUCAUAAACCCUGUAAGAAUUCUUAGUUUAGUUUUACUUAAAUUUACUAGACCUUUAGAUUUUUUGGGAUUGAAGUUUCCAAGGAAUAUCUUAGAGUGUCUCAGUACCGGAAGGUCGUCCCAGAGGCGAGCUCUUAGGUCGUAUUUCAUUUUCUUAAGCUCCGCUGUAUAAGUGUUUUCACCUAUACCGCAAAAAGGCUCCGGUCCUACAAACGGGGAACCGGAUCCUUUAUUUGCCAAGGUAUUGGCUUCUUCGUUACCUUCUACUCCUGCGUGUCCAGGCACCCAUAGUAAAGUGACUUUAUUUUUCUUUCCUACCUCAUUUAGUUUCCCUAGGCAAUCCCGUACUAUCUUAGAACUGAUGACAUAUGAACUCAGUGCCAUUAUGGCCGAUUGACUGUCGGUGAAUAUUGCAAUAUCUUGCUUGAAAUAGUUCCUGUUCUGGAUCAUUUGAGCACAUCUGUCAAUGGCGUGUAUUUCCGCCUGAAAGACACUGGUGUAUUUACCCAGUGACUCAAAAUAUUUGGUGCGAGGCCCAAAUACUCCAGCUCCUGAUCCUUUGUCGGUUUUCGAACCGUCUGUGUACCAUUUAAUGGUGUUUUCUUUGAGAGAUUCGGUGAUCUUGCCGCUUUCCCAGUCGCUUUUAUUAUCAAUCCUUGUGAAGAAGUUUCUCUCAAAGUGAUAUUCUUUGGUUAUAUCCUCUUUAGGAGGAAGGGAAUACACCGUGUCUGGGAUGACCAUGCUCCUGGAUCGAUAAUGUCCUUAGCCUCGGUGCUAUUCCUAGCUAGUCUAAAGAUAGCCCUUUCUGCAGCUCCCUCCACCGACAAGUGCAAAGGUGUGAGGUCACGUAUGACGUUCAACGCUACUGUUGGACAUGUUCUCAUGGCUCCUGUGAUACAUACACUUGCCAGUCUUUGCAAUUUAUCAAGUGCUCGCCUUGUAGUGCUUUGUUCUGCUAUGCCAUACCAAACUGCUGCCCCAUAUGUGAUUAUGGGUUUUACCAUCAUAAUGUACAUCCACCGCAGUAUUUUUGGUGUACAUCCCCAGUUUUUACCCGCCAAGUUUCUGCACACCAUAAUGGCUUUAGUAGCUUUGUUAACAAUGGCUUCUAGAUGUUUUUUCCAUAGAAGUUUACUAUCCAGUGUUAUGCCCAGAUAUUUGACUUCGUUUGCUUGAUUUACAACCUCUCCACUUAGGUGAAUUUCCCUAGUAAGUUGAAUUUUCCUUCUAAGUGUAAAUGGUACAAUAGUGGUUUUUGCUGAGUUGAUGCUCAGCCCCACCGAUGUGCACCAUUCUUCGGUAGUACUUAGGCCUUUUUGUAUGAGGUCGUAUAGUGUGCCCUCAAACUUGCCUUUGGCAAUAAUGACAAUAUCAUCGGCGUAACCUAUACAAGUUAGACCCUGAUUUGUCAGUCUGGACAGGAGUUCAUCAACUGCCAGGCUCCACAACAGGGGUGAGGUUACUCCCCCUUGAGGUGUACCACGAGUGGUUCUGAUGCUUGUGGUUUGUUCACCUACAGUUGUCUCAGCUGUUCUCGUAGUCAGAAUUUCACAGACCCACCGGACCAUGGUUUUAUUCACUCCUCUCCUCUCCAGAGCAAUUUUCACCGCCCCAUGGGACGUGUUAUCAAAAGCCCGGGAUAUAUCCAGGAAGGCACAUAUGGCUGUUUCUUUUUCCUUAAGGGUUUUUGGAUGAUUUCUGUAAGUUGAUAGAGCGCUGUCUCUGUCGAUCUGCCUGAUCUGUAUGCAUGUUGGCACGAGUGUAGAGGUGCCUUCUCCAAAAUUUCCCACUGAUGUAGUUAUCUACAGCUUUUUCUAUCGUCUUUAGUACAAAGGACGUAAGACUAAUGGGUCGAAAAGAUUUAGGGUUUGUCCCAUCCUUUUUACCUAUUUUGGGUAUGAAGGCUCGUCGCCAGAUACUCGGUAUAUAUCCCGAGGCUAAACUAGUCCUAGCUAUUCUAAGUAGGUGAGGGAAUAUUUCCUUUUGCCCUUUUUGUAAAAGGGCAGGAAAUAUUCCGUCCACUCCUGGUGACUUAAACGGUUGAAAGGUACUUAUUGCCCAUUCCAUCGUUCCGCAGUAAAAACCCUCUUUGCAGCUUCCCAGUCCUCCUUCUUCGGUUUACUGGUGUCGACUACCGUGGUUAUUUCUACUGGUACGCUACCUGGAAAGUGCGUUUCCUCUUCUCCUUUCGUGUAGGUUCCGUCCGGCUUUUUGAGGGCCAUCACUGGAUUUGUUCCUUCUUUGGCCAUGGCCUUAUGUAGCCUUGCAGCCGUUGGAGUGUCAGCAAUUUCCUCACAAAAGGUUCUGAAAUGUUGCCUUUUGGCUUUUCUUAUCUCUUUGUUAUACAGAGUAAGCACUUCUGCGUAUCCCUGCCAAUUUCCGUCACUUUUUGCUGUAUUGAAAAGAUGACGCACUUGAAAUCUCAGUUUUGACAGGUGCCUGUUCCACCAUGGUGCAUCUUUUUUGGAUCUCUAGAGCUCGCACAUAAUGUUGAACGAAUUUUAAUGUUCUUUCAUUCACAAAUUUUCCGUUACUUUUAAACAUUCGAUUAAACCCGUUUUCCCGAGGUAACAAAAUGAAAUAAACUCUUCGCGAAUUUUAUCUGCACUACUCAUUAGGUACUGUAGACUUAAAACUGAACGACUGAACUGACAACUGCUCCUCCACUUCUAAAACCACCUGUAUUUAUAUUAUUCGAUCCCCCCAAAAUUCCUAUCCAUCAUUCAAUAACCUUUCUCUUUUAUUUUUUUUUUAAAUCGAAUAAUUAUGUCGCAAUUUCCUGGUUUAUCGGGGUCAACAGAUUGGGUUGUAAGAAUUGGACAUAUAACUCAAAGAAAACCGACAACACGUACGGCCAUAAAUCACCUAUUUAAUUACUUUAGCCUCGCUUUUAAUAUGUUCAUUGAUUUGAUUUAGGAGAUGACAUCACGCUUGUUGACUAAAUAAUGAGAAUUAUAAAUAUUUUAAUUAAUUUGGGGUCAACAAUAUUUUGUUUGAUUUUCAAUUUAUUGAUACUGAUUUGAAAUACAGGCAAUUUAGUUUUUGAUUAUUUGAUUACAUUUAAUUUUUACAGUAAAGACAUUGUAAAUUACGGGUCUAUUUUCCCGGGUCAUUACAACAUUAUCAAACAAGAACAUUUAGAAGAUACAUAUGCAUUUCUUGACGACGUAACCAUCGGUGGUAAAAAUAAAGAGCAUCAUGAUACAAAUCUUAGAAAUUGUUAAGAAAUAUAAUAUGACGCCUAACAAAGAGAAAUGCAUGACUAAAAUUAAUAUACUAGGGCAUACAAUAGAAAGAAAAUCAAUCAAACCAGACAUAGACAGACUUAAACCACUGAUUCAGUUGCCACUACCUACUUCGCUCAGGAGAGUUCAAAGCAUGUUUUCCCAUUAUUCCAAAUUCAUAUAUAAGUUUUCUGAGAAAAUACAUCCACUGGUUCGAGUUAAAAAGUUUCCAUUGUCUGCUUGUGAAGCUGCUGCAUUUGAACAGUUGAAGACUGAUAUACAAAACGCUGUUGGUAUUUCCAUUGACGAUGAAACCACUAUUACUGUUGAAACUGACUCAUCAGAAUAUGCUAUUGCUGCUCAACUUAUAUAAUCUGGAAAACCAGUGGCGUUUUUCUCUAGAACAUUGACGAAAUCGGAACAGCGACGUUUUUCCGUAGAAAAAGAAACCUAUGCUAUAGUGGAAGCACUCCGUAAAUGGAGACAUUUUCUGAUUGGACGUUACUUUAAGCUCGUAACUGACCAGAAAUCGGUUGCUGUUAUGUUUAAUUCACUAAGUAAUUCUAAAAUUAAAGAUUAAAAAAUAAUGCGGUGCAACGAUCAUCUUAUAAAUAUGACAGAUUUUGAAAUCAAAAUAUCGUAGCAAAUACAUUUUCAAGAAUAUCUUUUGCGAUUUUACCUUCUUCUAGUGACAAAACAUUAUAUAAUCUACAUAAUUCUCUCUGUCAUCCUGGUAUAACAAGACUGUAUUACUGGGUCCGAUGUAAGAGUCUACCUUUCUCACUAGACGAUAUCAAGAGAAUUUCAGCAACCUGUCCCGUUUGUGCUGAGAUCAAAACAAGGUUUCAUAGAAAUCAAGAUAUCAUCAUAAAAGCUACUGCCCCUUUCGAAAGAAUAAAUGUAGAUUUUAAAGGUCCAUUGCCAUCUGAGGACCAAAACCGCUAUAUUUUACCUAUUGUGGAUGAAAUUUGUAGAUUCCCAUUUAGCUUUACUUGUCCUGACAUGACCUCAUCAACUAUUAUAAAUUGUUUAACUCAAUUUCUUUUCUGUUUUUGGGACACCAUCGUUCCUGCAUAGUGAUAGAGGGAACAUCAUUUAUGUCUGAAGAACUGAAAACAUUCUUAACACGACAUGGGAUUGCAACUAGUCGCACUACUACUUAUAACACACAAGGGAACGAUCAGUGUGAACGGUAUAAUAGUGUUAGAUGAAAAAUCAUUCAGUUAGCUCUAAAAGCAACAAACAUAGAUAUAAGGCAUUGACAGCAGGUACUGGUCGACUCUUUACAUUCAAUAUAGUCUUUGUUAUGUACAGCAACAAAUUGUUCACUGCGUGAAAGAAUGUUUUGUUAUCCUCGAAGAUCUACAAAUGAUUCUCCAAUUUCAACCUGGUUGAGUAUUCCUGAUCCAGGCUUCCUAAAGAAGCAUGUAGGUAAGACAAAGCAAGUAUGAACCGAUCGUGGAAGAAUUGCAAUUCCUAGAAGCUAACUCUGAUUAUGCUCAUAUCAGAUUAGCUUAUGGUAAAGAAACAACUGUGUCAACACGCCACUUUGCGCCAAGAGGAGAUUCUGCUCUGCAUACAGAAACGUCGAAUGAAGAUAUGAAUAUAGAAUGUAGAACAUAUAGAAACGAACCUAAUGAUCAAAACAACGACCAAUGUAGUGAACCCGUCCAGUAGAGUGUUUUCACAGCUAUUAGACCAAUACCCACCUCUACCAUAUAAAAACCCCCCUCCAGCACAGCCAUCAUACCACUACCACCUCCACUGUGAACCCCCUUCUGUGAAGCUCCUACCCUGAGGAGGCACUUUUUACCCACCUCCACUGUAAACUCUCGUCCGUAAAGCCCUCCAUUAAUCUAUUUUGAAAAGGCUCCUACCCUGAGAUGGCACUUUUUUAUAUCCCUCCACUUUCUUGAAAACUAAAAAAUAUUUAACCAAAUCUUCCAUUUGUAUUCGUCAAUUUUGGGGUUGGCCCGGGUAAAAUCCCCAAAAUUUCGGAUCAAAGGCGCUGCCGAUCUAGAGAUGUUCCCACAGUAUCGUAAAACUUCCCAGGCUCAAGUGCCCCCGGCUAUUAGACCAAUACCCAACUCUACUACGUGAAUGGUCCACCAGAUUCACAAGCAAAAUUUUAUUAUUGCAAUAAAAUUAAUCCCAUGGAGUUUAGAACGCUUUUGACAAAUGGAUAUGGAAAGAGGUACCUCUUCAGAGUAGAAGCUUUUUGUGGGUGGGUAUUGCUCUGAUAGCUGUGAGGUAGGUAUUGGUCAUAAACAGGUGCAUUAAUUUUAUUGCAAUAAUAACAUUUUGCUUUUGAAUCUGGUGUACUAUUUACGUAGAAGAGGUGGGUAUUGGUCCGAUAGCCGGGGGCACUUGAGCCUCGGAAGUUUUUGGAAACCGUGGGAAAAUCUCUAGAUCGGCGGCGCAUUUUAUCUGAAAUUUUGGGUAUUUGACUCGGGCCAACCCCAAAAUUGAUGAAUACAAAUGUAAGAAUUGGUUGAAUAUUCUUUUGUUUUCAAGAAAGUGGAGGGAUAUAAAAAAGAGUCACCUCAGGGUAGUAGCCUUAUGAAAAUAGAUUAAUGGAGGGCUUUAGAGAAGGGGGUUUACAGUGGAAGUGGGUAAAAAGUGUCUCCUCAGGGUAGACGCUUCACGGAAAGAGGUUUACAAUGGAGGUGGGUAGUGGUAUGAUGGCUGUGCUAGAGAGGGGUUUUUACGUGGUAGAGGCUGGUAUUGGUCUGAUAGCUGUGAAAACACUCUACUCAGAUCCCAUUCAACAACUCAAUUACAACGAUUCUGAUUCUGGAAAUCUUGAUUGGAUACCUGUAACACCAUUAAGGAAUCUAGGCGAUGAAGUUGUAGAAAAUAUAACUGACUAUUCCUUGAACCGACCAAAACGUCAAAAGGAGCCUCCUGUCUUUUUGAAAGAUUAUGAAACCGACUAGGGAUGAAUGUUAUAUAUUUAGAAACUUUUAAAAUGUUCUGUAUUUUAUAUUUUGUUACCUUUAUUAUUUGUCAACCUUGACAGUCUGUCAGUGUUAGUUAUAUGCUCUGUAUAGUAAUAUUCUGAGUUUAUUAAAGCCUGUAUUCUAGAGGUUCUCUUUCACUUCAUUGGCGAUGUUCCUGAGAAUGUUCUUUUUGGGAAAAUAAGGGCGCGCUGAUUCUUUAACUAUUUAUCGGACACACUUGCUCCAUAAUAUUUUUUACAAGGCACUCUAAACAUUUUCAAUCACGCCUACUUGAGGCCAACACGACAUGUUGAAUUAGGUUAUCUCUGUCAAUAAUUAACUCACAAUUUGCAGAAAUCCUCCAACUUUUAUAAUCUGAUACUCCAAAGAAAUGUGAGUUGGUGGCUCGCUACGUUAGCACGCCAAUGAUCACCUAACCUCACACCUGUUUUUGCUGUAUUCUUCCUUCCUUCGAUCCUUAUACGGAAAGUGCCAAAUUAAAAAAGCUAAACAUUAGCUAACAAGCCUCCUCCUUAGGAAAAUGUCUGUUGGCAUGAAAAAUUAGUAGCAUAACGUUGACGCACUCUAAAUGAAGGUUCCAAUUUUCCAUUUGGUCUCAUGAGUCAUAAUAGUAUGUGCAUCGCUUCACAACAGUCUUAAUUACUUUAGGACUCCAACUGCGAAAUAUCUUACAGGUUUAGGUACAUGGCUUAUACGACUUUUUCUGUGUGAAAUUGCCCAUCAUUUUUGCUCUGAUGAUAUUUUUUCCUAGACAGUUAUCAGACUUUCAUCAAUAAACUAUGUAGCUAAUACCUCUCCAAAUCACCCUGAGUUAGUUUGGAACAUAUUGGUAGUCCAAACUCCAAAAAUAUUUUUAUCUACGACCUGCACAAUAAGUGACUAUUAUGUCACUGAUUUUUGCUUAUUUGCGUUAUGUAAUGAGCCCCAUUACAGCACUAGUACGGUAAUUAAUCAUAACACGUUCAUUAUCGCACUAGUGCGGUAAGAGGUCAUUAUUUUCAUUAUAACUACACAAUAGUUAUUUAUAGUAGACAAACCACAAUAUUCACUUAUUGUGCAGGUCGUAGAAAUAAUGUUGUAUAGCACACGUACGGUAAGGCUCAUACCGUACUAGUAAUAUAAAUAACUAUUAUCUCCACAUUGACUUUACCUCUGAUGGCAAAUUGAUGAUUACUGAGAGAGAAAUUUGCAUUGAACGCUCGCGUUUUGCGUGCUUUAAUAAAUUACCUAGUGAUUUUAUAUGAAGCCUAAUUUCUCACUACGAUAUACUUAUACGCAAAAUACCAGACAGAAUUGUUACUAAUAAAUAAUAAUAUAUGGAAUACAUAUCUAUUUCUGUCCUUUAUUCUCUUUCAACAUAAAUAAAAUCAUACUAAAUAAUGUACCUACUUUAAAUUUUUCUGAUUGCCUUAAAAAUAACUAAUUUGUUACCUAUGCCAAAGCAAGACUGGGUGUUUGGAAUAAUAUUCGCCUCAGAAAAUGUUUGCAAUAGGGUUUAAUUUUAAACAAUUUCAACAUAUUCUAAACACCCUGUAUAAUAAAUAGAAUAAUAAGUUAAAAAUAACUAAUCAUAUAUUUUGGCAACUAUUGAAACGAUCUAUGAAAACAAUAAUAUGUAAUUAUUAUUUUUUAUUUAUUACAAAAAGUAUGUACAACAAGAGGUACCACCCUAGACGGUAGGUACUUUAUAUUGUUAAUGUGAAUGUACGUUGUAUAGAUUAUUAAAAAUAAUAAAAAGUAUUUUUUUAUAUAUAAUGAAAACUAUGUUUACAAUGAACGCACUUUUAAAGACUGAUCGGUAGUAGAAAAUUAAGGAAAAUUUGGUUACACAUUUAAAUAUUGCGGUGAAGUACCUAAUUGAAAUAUUUAUUUGUGUAAGGCUUAGGGAUAACAAAGUCAGGGCUCCAUUCGUUGUUGGCAAUUUUAAAUAAUAUGUAUAUUUAAGUUAUCAGAAAUCUGAAAAUAUUUACAAAGGUUGGUGAAAAAUCAGUUUGGUAUAUUGAAAUCGGGCCCUGACUUUGAUUGUGGCGGUGCUUAAGAGGUUUAAAUAUUUCGUUGGGUUCAUAUAGGCAUAUUUAUUCAUAAUGGAUUGUGACACUUCCUGUAUCACUAACUAUUGACGUGGUGUUAGAAUAAAUAUAACGUCCCUGUUAUUAAACAUAUGAUAAAUUUUUUUAUACCUAAUCUAUCUUAAAAGUAAGUAUAUUCUAUUGAAUCUGAUGAAAUAUUUUUCGAAAUAAUAAUACAGUGUCCACCAUAAUAGUUGUAACUUGAUGAUUUUGUUUGGUCAAAUCGAAUAAUUAUCAUUGGUAACGAAUAUUAUGGAGUUAUGAAAAAAAAAAAAAAUGUAAAGGAUAAAUAUGUAAUUUAUGUUAAUGCUCAGAUUGAAAAUAAAGAUGUUUCUAACGUCUUUAUUUUUAAUUAAUUUAAUAAGAAAUUUAAUGAUAUAUGAUAUUUUGUAGGUUUUGGCAAAAGUUUAGAAUAAAAUUUUUCCUGACUUUUAAAUAAUUGAUUAAAACGCUUUUAUGUAUAUACAUUUGAAUCAAAACUAGCUGGAGAGUGAGAGUGAGACAACUUCUUUUAUAAGCAUAUGCAGUUACGUUAAUGUUAUAAAGAAGAGGUUUUCUGUUUUAUUUUUGCUUCUUGUCCAAUAAAAGAGAGAAAUUUAGUUUAGGAACAAGGACCAGCUGUCUGAAGUAAAACAUUUUUGCAUUCAAAAGGACAUCAAAUGUUAUAUGAAACAGCGUUUUACUUUUACGCUAGACUUUUAUUGCCGAAACCAACAAAAAAAAAAAGUAGCUCAAUUUCGUAAUAGAAAUCAGCUCAAAAUAUAAUUUCCUAAAUUAAUUAUUUUUUAUUAAAAACUAAUAUGUACUAUACAAUACAAAAAAAAAUAACAUCGUUAAAGAAUAGAAGAAAAGCAAAAACAAUGAAAGAAAUAAGCUAUUAUUAGAAAAACUCGAUUUUAAGAAAGAGAUGUUAUAAAUUACGUAAUAUUAUACAUAUUAUAGAUAUAUUCUAAGUAAAUGUUUUUAAAAAAGAGAUCUAGUUAUAAAUAUUCAUGUUAAGCAUAAUAUAAUGUGUCAUAUAGAUGUCAUGAACUUCUCAUGCUCUCAUGAAUAAAAUGAUAAAAUUCCACACUGAAAUAAUA